AACUUUCAUCCAAGUUGAAUUACUAUAGAGAAAGUGCUAAGAAUCGCGACGGCCCGAAUAAAUAAGUUUAUCUUACGACCGAAAACCUGCAGCAAAAGAAGCAUGACGGAAGCUGGAUGCAAUCGGCGCCUUAAUCCGGCCAUAGGGUCUCCCCUUCGCGCCCUGUAGCCACAUCCUGUCCCCGCGCUCGUCGUUUCAUUGCGCAGGAACCCGGGGGAUGGGCGCAAGACUCCCGAAGGGCCACGUCCAAUAGAACUUCCCGAACAGAGAGAGCGCGAGCCUUGCCGCACUCCUGGGCAGGCGCCGCAGCAUCUCCCGCGCUCUGGCACGCCUAACCUCCCAGACCGCAAGAGAGGGCAGGAGCGCGCGCUGGCCGACCUCCUCUCUCCACCCAUCCCCGCGCGCGCGCUCAGACUUUAAAUCCCUUGGCUGGGGCUGAGGGCUGGCGGGCAGAAUGGGAGGGGGGAGGAAAGAGUCCCUUCAACGGCAAGGCACACCUCGUGAGCCGGCAUUGGCCGCCGCCACUCGCUUCUCAUUGAUUGGCUGCCGGCUUGCUACAGCUCCUCCUAAUUGGCUCUUCGGAUUUUGGAUACCAGAUUUAAACCUUUUAAAAGUGCUCAGAAAAGCGAUUCCACCCAGGGUAGAUGGAGGCUGGCUGCUAACACCCACAGACCGACUUUGAAAAAGAAAGCGCGAAAGGAGGCAGCGCUUGCCAGCUAGGAAACCAGCCGCUUCAGGGUACAUUUAAAAGAUACAUUUGAAAAGCUAGCCUAACCAUUGAAAAUGAAACGUGAUUUUAAUCAUAGCCAUGUUUACUGUGGGCCUUCACCAUUAAAAAUAACUGGAACAGAAACAAAAUCAGAAGAGCCUUGUUCUGAGAGUUACGAUGAAAAAUGUUGUAAAAGCUGUACCAGAGAGAAGCUAUUCUAUAGUGACCUGCACCGUGCAAGUCCCAAGAGUUUCACCCUGAAAAGUGAAGAAAAGCCUGUGCAUAAUAAAGAAAACCAACAAGUAUCACAGGGGCAUACUGAAAGCGCCAAUGAAAUUGACAAUGAAAAUGAAGACAGUGGAUAUUCCUCUUUGUUGGGCAUUCAACACAAACCCAGUGACAAUGAUGACAGCAUGUUAUUGGCAGGGAAUAUCAACAAUACAUCAAAUCAUAGUUUCAAUCCAAGAAAAAAUUUACUUCCAGUCCUCCAUUUUGAAGAACUUGUCUGCUCAACUUUGAAAAAAACUAGCAAAAGAAAUCCAAAGUCAUGGGCUCUUGUCUUAGAUAAAAUGGCUUCGAGGAAAAUGGAAUUUGUGAAUCUCAUUGGCAAAAAAAUGGGAUUAGAUAAGCUAGAUAUUCUUGGAGAAUUAUUUCAUGGCAAAUUCAGACAUCUAUUAGCAAACAUCUUAAUACAUCUUAGCUACACUGACUUGAUAAACAUGGCUAAAGUUAGCAUAACAUGGAAGAAAAUUCUACUGAAUGACAAGUGGGCUUUCCAAAUGUAUAACAAAGCACUAAAGCUCAGUUUGCAGAAUAGCAACGCAGUAGCUGCCAAACACUCUGAUACGAGGGAAUAUGCUCUCCAUCGUGAACCAUUAACUUAUAUUCAGAAAGUAGCAACUAUGCAAAUCAACUUCUCUAAAAAAACAUCCCGAAUCAAAGCAAACAACCAGAGUAAUCAGAGCUCUCCCUCUUUCAGCCGGCAUUCACAAUUUUCUGAGGUGGCCAAGACUUUAAAAAAUACUGAGAGCCUGAAAGUUUGCCAUCGCUGUGGUUCCCCUGCAAAAUACGAUUCCCAUCUGCAAAGGGCAACGUGUGUCCGAGACAGCUGUGGUUUCGACUUUUGCACAAAGUGCUUGUGCAGCUACCAUAGUGCCAAGGAUUGCAUCAUUGGAAAGCCUGUGAAAACAUCCUUCAGACUAGGACCUCUUCCUGGUAGCAAAAAAAGCAAACAGAAUUUACGAAGACUAUAAUUUUCCUGACAUAAAUUUUAGCUAGAGUAUCGUAUAUUUCACUUAUAGGUUCAGAAGAGGAGCGAAUGUGAAAAUUGUGGUUGUCUAAUUUAAAAAAUGCAGUGAUUUUUUAAAAAAAUCUAUUUUUAAAGUUUUUUUCCCAGAUGUCUUCCUCUCCCCUUCUUAGAAAGAUGUUCAGCAGAAUUUUUAAACUAUUUCUAGGUUUACAUGGGAACCUGGCAACCCUGACUUGGCAAACAGACUGAAAGUGGAUUUUUAUUAAGUUGGGGGUAGUAAAAGUAACAUGUGUUUUUAAGGGUUUGUUUUGUGUCCUCUAACUUCAUGCCUUCUGGAGUUUUUACAAUACAAACUAUAAUAAGCGAAGGAUAUUUAAUGUAUUUGCAGUGCCAAAUUUUUAUUAAUUGAGUUUCAUCUGACCCAAACAUUAAAUAUAUGAAUAGGAUAGGUUUUUGUAACCACACUUGUCCUAAUAACUGCUGAAACGUAGUGUUGUCCUGUCCAUUUCAUCUUCAUUACUGGGUAAAUAUGCCUAGAAAUGUAUAUACUUGUAAAUACUUAAAUAUUUGUCUGUCUAUAUGAAAAAUAAAAAUUAACUUUAUAAAUAAAA